AUGAUCGCGACAAGGACCACCCCGGCAGAGCCACUGUCGGCCAAAAUCCUCACCCUCAACGCCGGUGAGGACGCUGCCGCUGCCCAGGCAGCCUCGGCUGCAGCCAAGCGUGCACCCCGCCAGCUCCCACCACUCACUCGCGCGGAAAUCGCGACCCGUAUCGCUUCCGGCCAGGCGCUCGUCCUCAAGGGCCCCCUCGUCCUCAACGUCACGGCAUGGUCGGCCCGCCACCCGGGAGGAGCACUUGCGCUGCUCCACUUUGUCGGCCGGGACGCUGAAGAUGAAAUGGCCGCGUACCAUUCCGACGCGACGCUAGAGUACAUGCGCAAAUACGCUGUCGGCGUCGCGAGCGACUUUGACGACGAGGUCGGCUGGAAACCGCUCACCCCGCCCAUUGCGCUGGGCCUUGUGAGGCAUUCGGACGGGAUCAAGGGCCACUGGGCGCGCGAGGGACGUGUGGUUGCAGCCGAGGGCCUGGUGCCCGAGAGCGAGAGCGCACUCGAUGACGUGGUUACCCUCACUGCCGAGCAGCUCGAGCCUGUCAUUGUCCCAGCAGGACUGGACAGGCGCGUGGAGCGUACCAGGUCCAAGGCAUACCACGACCUCAAGAAACAGGUCGUCGACGCUGGACUGUUUGUGCCCCCUGGCCCGCUUUCCGGCUACGGCAAGGACAUUGUCCGCUACCUCUUGCUUGGAGGUGGCUCCCUGGCGCUCUUCUUUGGCACGACGGGUUGGGCCGGACAGAUGGCGUCGGCUGCGCUUCUGGGCUUCAUGUGGCAGCAGCUUACCUUCGUCGUCCACGACGCAUGCCACUGUGGCGUGACUGGUAACUGGUGGUGGGACCGUAUGCUGGCCAUGACGGUCGCCGACUGGAUUGGCGGCCUGUCCGCUGGCUGGUGGUGCGACAACCACGACAUUCACCACCUGGUGACCAACCACCCAGAGCACGACCCGGAUAUCCAGCAUAUCCCCUUCUUUGCCAUCUCGGUCCAGUUCUUCCGCAACCUCUGGUCGACAUACUACAAGCGUAUCAUGUGGCUGGACAAGUUUAGCCAGUACAUGAUCCCCAUCCAGCACAGGCUGUACUAUAUCGUCCUCUCGCUCGCCCGCUUCAACCUCUACGUCCUGAGCUACAUGCACUUGUUCGGCAAAAAGGUAAAGCACGACUUUUUCUGGAAGUACGAGCUGUCGGGACUCGCAUUCUUUUGGCUCUACUAUGGCUCCAUGCUCCGUUCCCUCCCCACAUGGGGCAUGGUCUUUGGCUACCUUGUCGUGUCGCACGUGUGCGCGUCGCCCGUCCACGUCCAGAUUGUGCUUUCUCACUUUGCCUGCUCGACAGACGACCUCGGCCCACUGGAAUCGUUCCCGUCCCGCCAACUCCGCACGACCAUGGACGUGGUCUGUGGCGAAGACAUUGAGUUUGUCCACGGCGGCCUCCACCUCCAGGUCACCCACCACCUCUUCCCGCGCCUGCCCAGGCAUAACCUCCGCAAGGCGUCGUUGCUCGUCAAGGACUAUUGCAAGGCCUACGACAUCGAGUAUAUGGAACACGGCUGGCUCGACGGUAACCGCCAGGUUCUCGACACGCUGCGCGACGUCGCCAACCAGCUCGCCAUCCUCAAACAGGUGGCCGACAAGGAAAUCGCAGAGAAGAUGCACUAG